CCACCACAGAUUCAGGCCUUGUUUACACCAGGCCCUCCAGUCUCUUUUCUUCCUCCACUCGAUGCUAAAAGAAGAAAGAAAACAAAACAUAGAGAUCUGAACGGAAUUUCAGAAUUUGUAGAUAAAUUUGAACAGGAACAAGUUGAAUAUGAUGCCGAAGGUCAAGCUAUUCGGACGAAAAAGUAUUCAAUGCCUGAAUCGAGAAGAAAAAGAAAGGAAAGUAGACAAAAAGAUAAAGCAAUUAAAGUGGAAAAUGUUGUAAGAAAAGGAUUACAAGACUGGGAUCCAAAUAAUGAUACAAAGGCAACAACAGAACCAUUCAAUACAUUAUUUAUUUCAAAGAUGAAUUAUGAAACAACGGAGGAUACUCUUAGGAAUGCAUUUGGUAAAUUUGGACCGAUCAAGACUGUUCGUGUUGUACGAGAUGCAUCAACAAACAAAUCGAGAGGCUAUGCCUUUGUAGAAUUUGAAAAACAUGAAGACAUGAAAGAAGCAUACAAACUAGGUGAUGGUAUGGAAAUUGAUCAGUGGCGUGUACUUGUAGAUGUUGAAAGAGGUCGUACUGUAAAGGAUUGGAAACCAAGAAGAUUAGGAGGAGGACUGGGU